AUGGAAUCCUUUACUUCCCAUCUCCUUGAAUUACCUCCUGAGAUCCUCGAAGCCGUUCUCUUGGCCCUUCCUCCAUCCUCGUCAAGACUUGCCGCUGUCUCCUGCGUGUGCCGCAGGUUGCACUUUGUGUCUAUUCCUCUGUUGUACCGAUCGGUGGCUCUUCGUAGCCCCGAACACGGAAAGCAAUUUUGUUGGACAGUGCGCCAUGGCGCAGAUGUGAUUCCUCAUGUGCGGGAGCUACAGAUUCAUUAUCAUGAGACGGAUGAUGAGUCGGAUGACUGUCCAGAGGAUCUCUAUCCGGUCUUCACACAGCUGGUGAACCUGGAGUCGCUAGUGGUGAGGAGUGACUGGUUCGACCCCAAAACUGCUUCAAGAACCAGUCUUAUAUCCGGCCCCCAAGAAGUUCUCCCCAAUCUUCGCUGUUGCAAUUUGGGCUAUGACUACUACUGCGAUGGCUUUUGGGCACUAGAUCCCUAUCAAGCUCUCUUCUAUCAUUCCGGUCUACGCAAAUUUGCCAUUACUGGAGCUAAAGUGCAGGCAAGAUGGCAGUAUCUGCCGACACAAAAGGCAGCUCCCCGCUCGACUCAACUGGAAGAGCUCCAGUUUCUGAACUGCGACAUUCCAUCGUUUGAAUUACAAGAAAUGCUCCAAUAUCCACGUGCACUUAAGCAUUUUACCCUCAAAGGAGAGACACCGAUCCAAGGCUCUCAUGGUCCUAGGAUCGGCGAGCCGGACCGUAUGAAUUACAUCAACGCCCUACACCCGCAUUCCUCGUCGUUAGAGACUCUUGAUCUGGAUCUCUAUCGUGAAUGGGAAUGGCCCGUCAAGUUACAUGGUUUCACCGCUUUGAAGCAGCUUACCAUCACGCCGAGAAUGUUGAUCGGUGAUGAUCCCGAAGGCCGCCCCAGGGCUGCUGCCGUGCCUCGGUGGGAAGACGUCCUCCCAUCUGGUUUAGAAAAACUUGUAUUUCGCAACGAUGAGCCUGAGUUACCGCUUCUCGGAAUCUAUGAGACGGUUCGCGAUGGAUUUCUUCCCCAUCUACGCUUAUUCACCUGCGAGGUCCCCUCCAAUCGCACGGAUGACUCCAUGGUUCGAGCGUAUGAAUGCACAGAUGGAAUUCCUUCUGCUCAAGCUUUUGCUAGGCUGGGUGUCCAGUUCUCACUUGUCCAGGUGCCUGAUUCAACCGAAAUGCCAGAGAACAAGGCAUAUCCAUGUCAGUGCUGGAUUUAUAGGCAUCGACCUGACGACAAGUAUGCAUGGUAA